CACGCACAGCAUGCUCGUAUAGCCUUUCUUUUAGGACCUCGUCUGUUCUCGUCUCCGCGGCUGCCUGAACGGCCAUCAUAGUGGCAAGGGCAUCUUGACGACGCGCAGUGUGCCUAUUGUUGUCUCGGGCCACUGAAAUAUACACGUGCCGCAACUGUGUCACCCUCGGACAUUCAUGGCGAAGCUGUGUUCAUGUGCCACCCCUUACGCUCGCAUGUCUAUGGACGACAACUGUUCAUACGUUCGUACUUCUACGUUAGCCACGCGACUGUGGGUACUAGCUCGGGGACAUGUCGACGAAGGCACCCACCCACAAUUUGACGCGUCCAGUUCAAGAGAUCUCUACUGGCCAUGCGCCAGAUGCUUGGUGCCACACCCUCUUGAUGGCCCUGGCGAGGCGCUCACUGUUCGUCUGGCCGGCGACUGAAAACGCGAGCAUUCACCUGGCCUACAAUGCGUCAUAGUUGUAAG